CCGAGCAUCAUCAUCAUCAUCAUCACUGGUGUGUACGAGGAUUUCUGUCCACCGGACGGAGAGAAUGAGACACAAGAGCUCAGUGUGUCCAAUGGACAGAUCCAUUUAAACAAGCACACCGGCGGACUGAAGGAACGGUGUGAUUUAUUGCGGAAUAAAAGAGCACACCUGUCCCAUGUGAUGUGAAUCGAUCAGGAACGCUCUGUGGUUGUCUCCAGCUCCCCGUGAGCACUAGUGCAUGCUGUUCUCCAGAUCCGCUCUGUCAUGAUGUCGAGGUACCAUCAGCGUUUUGAGCGGGAUUUCCGCAGCAUGUGGGAACGGCGAGAACGCUGUGCCGUCAACAGCAGCUGUGGCGGAACCAUUAACGGCUGCAUCUCUACGCCCGCCUCUUCCGUCACUCACAGCAGCAACAAUCGUCCUGGGCUCCUCCCCCUGCCCGUCAUCCCCUCACUGCUACCCACACCAGUCACCGGGACGACCAGCGCACCCAACACUGAUCUGACCUGCAAGCGAUUAGUGCCCAUCUGCACCACCUCCACAUCGAAGGUCUCUGUGCAGCCAUCGGCAGACACGCAGACACAGGGCCUGGUUCUCGCUAAUAGUGUCCGGUGGGGACAAACGCCCAUUAACCAGUCCACGCCCUGGGACACGGAUGAGCCGCCUGCCAAACAGAUGAGGGAGAAAGAUAUCACAGCUCCUCUGUGGCCACCGGUCGCCACUGCAGUCAGCCAGCCUGGACUGAUGGCACACACAUAUGCCAUGCCACAGGCACCAGCCUACAGUCAGUGUGUGACCGUCCAAGCACCCAUCAUCGGCGUGACCCCUGCGCUCCAGACAUCUUUAGCCCCCCCUCACCCACAUUUGCCCACCCACUACCAGCUCCCUCAACAACCCUCACAGCCGAUGGCCAGCAUGGUGCUCAACGUUCAGAGCCAACCCCUCUCUGUCGGCAGCCUGCCGCCCAUGCCUAGCAUCUGCCAACUCACCCACCCUGUCCACACGUUAGUGGGUAAUGGCCACAUAACCCAAACCAUGAUGCAAUCCACCACCUCGACACUGCCCAGCAAUGGACAGUUGACGAAUGGACAGCCAAACUCGCAAAACCCACAAGAGACCAUCAACGCCCUGCAGAUGCUAAGAACUGUUGGAUUGGGGAAAUACGAAUUCACCGACCCUUUGCAUCCUAAAGAAAUGUUGAAGGAAUUGAACGAGCAGCGGCACGAGAAAGACUUUACAGACCUGAAAAUAAUAGUUGAAGGCAAAGAGUUUGAAGUCCAUCAAAAUGUUCUAGCUUCCUGCAGCUUGUAUUUCAAGGACAUGAUUAAAAGGUUAUCGGCGGAGAACAGAAAUGGCAAUAAGAUGAAGUUAACAUUGAGUAGCAUCAGUGCAGACGUUCUGGAGAUUCUCCUGGAGUUUGUUUACACCGGCUCGCUCAUUAUCGACUCGGCCAACGCCAAGACAUUAUUGGAGGCGGCGAACAAGUUUCAGUUCAACACCUUCUGCAAAGUCUGUGUGUCUUUUCUCGAGAAACAGUUAACGGCCAGUAACUGUCUUGGCGUUUUGGAGAUGGCGGAGGCGAUGCAGUGCACUGAACUUCACAACAUGGCAAAAGCGUUCGCCCUGCAGAACUUCCCCGAUGUGGCCAGUCAAGGGGAGAUCCUGAAUAUUUCCAAAGAAGAUCUGGUUAACUAUAUGUCCAACGACAGCCUGAACACUAAAGCUGAGGAGCUGGUCUAUGAGACGGUCAUCAAAUGGAUUAGAAAGGAUCCUGGCAACAGAGUUCAGCAUGUUUCCGAGCUGUUGGCAGUGGUCCGUCUCCCCUUCAUUCAUCCUAGCUAUCUGCUGAACGUGGUGGACAACGAGGAGCUGAUUAAAUCUUCAGAGGCCUGCAGAGACCUGGUGAAUGAAGCCAAACGCUACCACAUGCUGCCUAAUGCCCGCCAAGAGAUGCAGACACCCAGAACUCGCCCGAGACUGUCGGCAGGUGUUGCCGAGGUGAUCGUGCUGGUGGGGGGUCGGCAGGUCAUCGGAAUGAACCAGCGUUCACUAACAGUCGUCACUUGCUUCAACCCGCAGAACAACAAGUGGUACCCCCUGGCCAGCUUGCCUUUCUUCAACCGCGAGUUCUUCUCCGUCAUAUCAGCGGGGGAUAAUAUCUACCUGUCAGGUGGCAUGGAGUCUGGAGUCACACUGGCUGAUGUGUGGUGCUAUAUGUCCUUGCUGGAUAAUUGGAAUCUGGUGUCUCGGAUGACAGUACCACGUUGCCGGCACAACAGUGUGGUGUAUGACGGCAAACUUUACACCAUUGGAGGAGUCGGAGUGGCCGGAAACCUGGAUAAUGUGGAAAGGUAUGACACCAUCACCAACCAAUGGGAGAUGUUAGCCUCUUUACCAAAACCUGUCCAUUCAGCAGCAGCGACAGUCUGUGGAGGGAAAAUCUAUGUGUUUGGAGGAGUGAAUGAAGCCGGUCGCUCUGCUGGAGUUCUACAGUCUUAUGUGCCUCAAACCAAUUCCUGGAGCUUUAUUGAGUCACCCAUGAUCGAUAAUAAAUACGCCCCAGCCGUGACGUUGAAUGGAUAUAUAUUCAUACUGGGAGGAGCGUAUGCCAGAGCCACCACCAUCUACGACCCGGAGAAAGGAAACAUCAAAGCAGGACCCAACAUGAACCAUUCGAGACAGUUCUGCAGUGCUGUGGUGCUGGACGGUAAGAUCUACGUGACCGGAGGUAUCGUGAGCAGUGAGGGCCCAGCGCUGGGAACCAUGGAGGCCUUUGACCCCUGUGCCAACAUGUGGACCCUGCAGCAAAGCAUGCCCUGCCCGCUCUUCAGGCAUGGCUGCGUGGUUAUUAAGAAAUACAUCCAGAGCGGAUGACGCUGACUUGACAUGUGAACAUGACUCUACCCUCUGCUGCACACUUAACACCCACUUUCUACAUGCCCGGGAUUAGACGUGCUGAUACCGAAGCCCAUUUCACUCUCUCUCUCUCACUCUCUCUCUCACACACACACACACACACACACACUGGGAAUAUAGAAUCUGAUCUGCUCUGUUGGGCGCACACAGGCCUUCAUGUAAUAUAGUGCACCUGACAGAGCUGUCACUCCAGUCUGUUUGGUUUUUUUCUCAGAAGAUAAUUCCUUUUUAAAUCUGUAAACAAAUUAGCCGUUUUUACGCUGCAGGAGUCAUCAUUGCUAUCUUUUUAAUGAUUGCAUCAUUGUCCUUUUCUUUCUUUUUUGAGCAAUACUUGAAAAUUACACUGUCUAGUUGCAGUAAUGCGUGUUUCCGUCAUCAUCUCACUUCAGAAGCACUUUUUAAUAAUGUAGAGGUGCAAAUGGAGGCUAUGUUUCACUUUGUUAGGACCAUCUAAAACUUUAAUAUAACUGUACAAUCGUAAAGGGAUAGUUCACCCAAAUAAAAUGAUGUCAUUGUUUACAGUUUAUGCUGGUUCGACACAAAAAGAAAUGUUUUAUUUUUUAAUAAAAGUUCAUGCUGCAGUUUUCCAUAAAACAAAAAUGUACAAUAACUGUCAAGCUCCAAAAAUGACAAAACAAUCACCGUAAAAAUGGUCCAUACAACACGUGUGCAAUAUUUCGAGUCUUUUAAAGUCAAACAGAAGUGUUUCAUGAGGAACAAACCAAAAUUUAAAUCAUUAUAUGCUGAACAUCUUGCCCUCUGCAGCUCUCAAAUCUCAUUCAUGUUCAAUGUUGGUUAGAUUACUUCUGAAAUGUAAUCUGAUAUGGAUUACACAUACACAAAAAUUAGAUAAACAUUUUUAGGUAAUAAAAUAUGAAUUACUUGUUGCAUGUUUUGAUGAAAAUUAUAUUUUAAGUAUAUCAAUUAGAGCUCGACCAAUAGUUUUAGAAUAUUAAUAAAAAAUCGUAAUCUUUCCUUAUUAUGACAUACAUAAUGACUACAAGAGUCUAAAAUAAUCAAAAUCACAGAUGCAAUUUAUUGUGCAACCAAAAUCCCAAUAAUAACCUUAAAAAAUAAAGAUUUGGUGCAUAGUACAGGAAUAUUAACUAUAAACAAGCCUUACUAAUUUCAGGACUUUUAUUUUGGAAUGAAUGAGACUUUGCUCCAUUAUAAUAUUCUAUAUUUAAAUAUUUACUAAAUUAAUCUUUUAAUAGCCUAUAUUCAGCAACUGUCGGCAUUGAUUUUUUCAGAUAACUGAUAGUUCUAAAAAGCAACUAUUGAUAGCGUUUAAUCUGUAAAACCGAUAUAUCGGUCUACUUCUAGUAUCAAGUACCAAUUUACACAAAUUAAAGGAAUAUUCUGUGUUUAAUACAAGUUAAGCUCAAUCAACAGCAUUUGUGUCAUAAUGUUGAUAUCCACAGAGAAAUAACUAAAAGAAAAAGCAGAUAACCGAUUAAUCAGCCAAUCAUUUUUAGAAUAUUAUAAACAUUUCUUAGUAUUUCCUUAAUAUAACAAUCACAAGCAUAAUGGCCACAAGAGUCUAAAAUAAACAAAAUCCCAGAAGCAAUUUAUUGUCCAACCAAAAUCCCAAUAAUAACCAUAAAAAUAAAGAUUUGGUGCAUAGUACAGGACUUUUAUCUAUAAACAAGCCCGUUACACAUACUUAUUUGAGGACUUUUAUUUUGGAAUGAAUGAGACUUGACUCCGUUACAAUACUCUAUAUUUAAGUGUUUACCAAAUUAAUCAUUUUAUAGCCUAUAUUCACCAGAUUAAAACUAUCAGCAACUGUCAGCAUAGAUUUUUGCAGACAACCGAUAGUUUUAAAAAGCAACUAUUGGUACCGGUUAAUCGGUAAAACCGAUAUAUUGGUCUACAUUUAGUAUCUGGUACAUAUUUUCUCUAAUUAAAAUAAAGGAAUAUUUUGUUAAAACUAUCAGCAACUGUCAGCAUUGAUUUUUGCAGAAAAAUUAUAGUUCUAAAAAGAAGCUAUCAGUUCUGUUUUACCAGGUAAACCGAUAUAUCGGUCUACCUAUAGCAUGUACCAAAUUACACUAAUUAAAGCAAUAGUCUGUGUUCAAUACAAAGUUUAGCUCAAUCAACAGCAUUUGUGGAAUAAUGUUGAUAACCACAGAGAAAUUAUUUCAACUUCCACUGUUUUUUUUAUUUUUUAUUAUCGGUUACUGUACAGCACUAAUAAUUUAAGCAAACUAUUGGGUAAACUAUACCUUUAAUUUCAUAUCUUUUAUUUUGAUCAUAAGAUUAAUAUGAAUCGGACACAGUAUGUCUAUAUUGUUCGAGUAAUGUGGGAAGAGUUUGUGAACAAUAACACGGGUGGAAAUAGUCUCACCUCUCUCUGACAUCAUCCACCUGAAAAUCUUUAAUUUACAGGAUCUUGGACCGGAAUGUGAAUGCAAACUGAACGCCUCAAACUGAACUGUUGUGAAAUUCGUAGCUUGAUUUUUGGAUUUUUUCACACGUUUCUUGCACGUUGCCAAAGCAUAAACAGGAAGUGUUUGUCUUUAUUUCCUCUGCAUUGCCAAACAGUGAGGAUGGCGUGACACGCUGUCCGACAGGCAAAACCAUUCUCUGUAAAUUACAGGGGGAAAAAGUUUAUUUUAGAAACUAUGCGUGUUGACAAACUGUUUCUAGACAAAUGUAUAGAAUGUUGGAGAAAUGUAUUGUACAAAAAAACAAGCUGUUAUUGUUUAAAUUAAUGAUUUAGUGCUUAAUCAUUAAUUAGAACAAUAACAUGUAUGCGAAAUACAAUGUACAUUCGUAAUGAAAAUAUUAUUGGUGUCUCGUUUUUUAUGACUGUAUCUGAUUAUUCUUGUAUGAUUCUACAACAAACGUCUUGGUUACUUUCGUAACGUUGUGUCGAUGUAGUGACACUAGGGGUCACACUUGGGAGCCCCAAACAACUCUGAUCUUUGAGAAACGGCCAAUAGGAAUUUUGAGCGGAAUUUUCAUGCCACUCCCCCGGACAUACGGGUAUAAAAGGAGCUGACUCACAACCACUCCUAAAGGUGACCCCCUAGUGUCAAUACAUCGACACUGAGAAAAGCUCAAGCAGCAUUUGGGCGCAUUAGACACUUGCUUUCAUAUUUUGUUAUAUAAUGCAAUGGCAUUUACACAUUUAAGUGUCCAGAUGCUUUUUAGAACUGCUGUAAUAUUAUUAAAUUCCACCCAAGAAUAUUUUUGUCGUAAUUAAGGAUCGACUUUUACAUUAGAGGUGAAAGUGACUUUCUCCACCUACUUCCAUCACAUGUGCGAUAACAUUAUACAUUUUGAUUAUUAUGUUAAUUUAAGUCCAUUUUAUCAUCAUCUCAGAUAUAUUAUAUUGGCUCAUGCCCUUAAGCUGUCACACAGCAUGAAUGAAAAUGUGCCGUUGGCUUCGUGCCGUCUUGGCAUUCUCCAAAUGUUCCCACCCAAUAUUUACUGAUGUGGAACAGUUCAUUUCCUUUGCUGUUGCACUGGCCUCCCUCCCCGCUUGAACAGCCGGCUGUAUAAAUAGCAUUAAAGAGCCGAGCUGUGUGUUUCCAGUCUGGCAGGAUCCGUAAAUGCACACAGCGUCUUCCAGCGCCUGCACCUGUCUCUCUACAUCUCUUGCCAUGAGCUUGCGGGCCCGUCCUUCAGAUAAUAGAUCACCAUCCUAUCCAUCAAGAUGAGUUAUCCAUCCCCUUCUGGCAUUUAAAUAAACUAGGCCACCGUUCCUGUUUCUCAUAUCCUGUGGAUAUGUUCACAGUGCAAACUCAGUUUUUUUACGGAUCUAUGUUUAGGAGGCAUGUUAUUGUGUUUAGAUGUGGACUGACACGUCUUGAUGCACAUUAAACCUCUUUAACAGAUGAUGUCCGUGAGUGUGUUUACAUGCACACCAAUGCACUGAUAACAACCAAAAAUCAUCUUAUUAAAACAUCAGACAAAAACACAUGAAAUCAUUUGGUUAUUCUCUGCUUUUGACAUCAAAAAGUCAUGCGCACAACACAUGAACACUUUGGAUAAGCCAGUAAGAAAGCUGGUAAAGAUGUUUGUUUACAUGCAACGUGAAAAUGGGGUAAUAGUAAUAAAAAAGCUUCAUGUGCCGAUUGGUUUAUUCUUGAGCCGUUAAUGACCUUAACCCCAUAAAUAAAAACCAGUUAUGACAUUUAUAUGGCAUUGUCGGCUUAUUAUGCAUAAUCAAUGUAAGGUGCUACUUGCAUUAGCAUAGCAAAACAUACUCAAAAAUAAGGCUCUGCUAUUUAUUUAAAGGAACAGUUUGCCCUGAAAUUGUAGUCAUACUGGUUUGGAACAACAUGAGGGUGAGUAAAUGAUGACAGAAUUCCAUUUUUGACCAAACAAUUUCUUUAGCUCUUCAUAAACCUUUUUAAUAACUUUUAAAAUGCAUCAACCUUGUGUUAACUCACAAACAUUACUGCUGUAUUUUUCUUUAUUUCACUUCAUUAUUUGUUUAAUACAUUCAUCUACCGCAAACAUACCCAAGGAUAAGGAUACAGCGUUGAUUGAAUAUAAAGACUGUGUCUAAAUGUGUUUCACUAAACUAUUGACCUCUGAAUACUGCCUGCUUCUGCAUCGAUUUCAUUUGCUGCGUAAACAGAUCCAAACGAGUCAAAACACAAUAUAGCCUCUGAAGAGAUGAAGGAAAUUUGCCUUCCUCAUUUAGACCCUGAUUAAAGUGGAGGAGGUGCGGUCAGGCACUCAAGAAAGAGCCAAGAGAGUAAAUUAUACAUUACUGGCUCUCGUCGUCAAUGGAUCUUGAGUAGCUAUUCUGCAUCAACAAAUUCAUGCUUAAAAAUGAUGUUGUACUGUGUAUAUUUUCGUUCGAGACACAUCUUUUUCUUAAUGUUCCAUUAGCGGUAUAGGCCGAGCGGUAAUCAAGGGGAAAUAGGAAUAGGAAAUUAUGUAUUUGUUUAUUUAUUUGUGUUUGUCAUCCACUUUUAAAGGGAUAGUUCACACAAAUGAGUUGUUUCAGGGUUGUUCCCUACUCCAAGGUUGACCCGGCACGCUUGAGCACAUAGAUGCACACUCUUGAAACCUAGGUCUGUUAAACUGCUUUCUCUUAAUCCCUAAAAUGACGCUGUCACGAUUCCCUGUUGUCUGCCCUGUGUUUCUCCCCUGUCACCUGUCCAGAACUACACUUCCCAUAAUCCCCUGCCCUCAUCACUGCCAGUGUCAUUGUUCUCACCUGUUUGUAAUUUAAUUAUCAUCCCUGUGUAUUUAGCCCUGUUGUUUGUUCAUUCGUUGUCGGUCGUUGAAUGUUAUGGUUGUCCUUUAUUGUGUUCAUGACCGUGCCCUCCGUGGAUGUUUUUCAUGUUUAUACUUUGUCUUCCCCUCGUGGAUGUUUUGUUUGUUCCCUGUGUUGUUCAGUUAUUUUGAGUUACCCUGUUCACCCUUUUGUUCCUUCAUUAAA